CCUCUCGUCAGUCCCAUGCAGAUUGCACUGGGAUCAUCCGGCAUCUGGGUGCUGCUAAAUGUCGAUGUUUCUCGCUUUGUGUGUUCCGCCCACCGGCUAGAAGACCGCCAGUGAAGCAACUUGAACCCAUGACAUCUUGUUGGGCAUAGCUGUGAAGUGCAAAUAAGUUCAACCGUUGAGAAACCCGGAUUCAUGUUGAAAAGCCUGACUUUGUUUCAUCUCUCUUGGGCAGGGUUUGCUAUUACUAUUACAAGGCUUCAUUGGACUGGUAUGUCUGCUUUUUUAGUUUGCUUGUCCUUUUGCCACUCUGCGAUGGAAAUGAGCCAGGACAAGGAGUAUGAUAGAGUUUGGAGAGUUCUCGCCGAGCCGCUUCCGAUCCCUUGGCGUCCUAAUGGAUGCCUUCCUAUCGGGUUCACCUACCAGGGGAAUCCUCGCAGUUGAGACACAC